AUGGAUUCCAAUCCUUUUAACAAAUUAUUAUCUGCUGCAGCCUACAGAGUCGCAUAUCCUGAAUCUUUUGGACAAAUGGAUGACAAUUCUUCUUCUGUAAGAAGUGACACCAUUGAUUGGAAUACUAGGGAUGAACGUAGGCGGUCAAGUUCUUCUAGCAAUUAUCACUUUAUAAAAAUGGGAUUUCCUCAAGCAAUGGUGGAUAAAGUCAUAGCUGAAAUUGGAGAUCAUGAUAUUGAUGCAAUACUUGAUACAUUACUCUCAUACUAUUAUCUUGAUGAGACUCUCCACCAAGAACAAGAACUCAAUGAUUCAUUUGUGAAGUCUGAAAGCAAUUUUGAAAGUGACUUCUCUGAUCUUGAUGACAGUUGUAGUGAUGAAGACAGUAAUGAAUCUUUUGAAAAGGAUGACUCAUUGGUGUCUCUAAUUGAUAUGGGGUACUCAAAUGGAGAAGCUUCAGCUGCUAUUGCCAGAUGUGGAAAAGAUAUGCCAUUAUCAGAGCUAGUAGAUUUCAUCAGUGCUGCUCACAUAUCAAAACAAGCCGAUGCAGAAUUCGAUGCAUUGACAUACGAAGAGGAAGUCUCAAAACAGCCAAAGGACAAGAAGAGAAAGUCUCAAAAAAGGAAUUUCUUGAUGAAAAAGAAAACGAUCGAAAAAAAACCAAAAAGAAAAAGAAACAAUGAAGAUGAAGAUGAAGACGUUCUUCACCUUCCUAAUCCAAUGAUAGGAUUUGGGGUUCCACACGAACCAUUUCACAAUAUUCACAGAACGCUUCCCGAUGCAGCCAUUGGGCCUCUGUAUUUUUACUAUGAAAAUGUUGCAUUUACACCGAAAGGUGUUUGGAAUACAAUCAAACGUUUCUUAUACGAAAUCGAACCCGAAUUUGUGGAUUCAAAAUUCUUAUGUGCAGCAGCUAGAAAACGAGGUUACAUCCACAACCUUCCGUUAACAAACAGAUCCCCAAUUCAACCGCUUCCCCCUCGCACGAUUUUCGAAGCUCUUCCUGGAACUAAAAAAUGGUGGCCUUCGUGGGACAAAAGAGAACAAUUGAAUUGCAUACUUACAUGUAUAGGAAGUGCCCAACUUACGGAUCGGAUCAGAUUAGCCCUUUCAAAUUCGAAUUCGAAUUUGAAAAGUGAGUGCGAGCCUUCGGAGCAAGUGAAGAAAUUCGUUAUCAAUGAAUGCAAGAAAUGGAACAUGGUUUGGACAGGGAAGACGAAGGUGGCGCCACUUGAGCCUGAUGAGAUUGAGUUAAUCAUGGGGUACCCUAUCUACCAUACAAGAGGUGCAAGCAAAGCCGAAAGAUACAAAGUGUGA